AUGACCGACUUCAGUCUAGACGAUGUUCUCAAUCUCGAGGAUGGUUAUUAUGAAAAGGGCUUCCACGAAGGCCAUGAGCACUCUGCAAAAGAGCAAUUUAUGGAGGGCAAGGUAUAUGGUCUUCAGACCGGAUUCCAGAGGUUUCUUAUUGUGGGAUAUUUGCACGGCUUGUUGGAAGAAUGGAGUCAAGAAAAGAGCCCUGCAUUGGCAGUCCAUUUAAAACAGCUAAGUACGUAUUUGGCAGCGAUCUCAAUGAGUAAUGACGACCAGGCAGUGGUUCAGUAUGAGAAAUCCGUCACAAGUGCCAGAAAUAAGGCUCGGGUCAUUGCGGCCAUCACAAAAACGGGGGAGAAACUAUCUGCUUUAGACGCUCUUAUUAAAAGUGUCGGUGGCAACCUACUGGUGUCUGAGGAUUUGAACGAAAUGUGGUAA